UGUGCGCGCUAUCUGAGAAAUGGAAAAAAGGCAUCUGUCAGUAUUGGAGGGGGUCCCGAAACGUCACAUCCAAUCUCCCAUCUGGAAGGAGCUUGUUUAGGUCUGCGCAGCACAGAGAGAGAGGGAACAACCCGCGGUGCCUUCACUGAUCACUGGACCACAGACCCUCACUGCUACUGAGUACAGAUACUGGAGGAGUUUUAAGUAUGUUAACCAUGAAGAGCGGACCCUGCGCCUCUUUGCUUCUUCACCUUUUAAUAACUUUUCCUCUCAUCAGUGGAACACCUUAUCAGUAUAACAUGUUCCAGGGAAAUGCAUACUCUGGCACGGACACCCGCCAGAGAAAUAAAAACUGGUGCGCCUACGUUGUGCACAAAAACGUGAGCUGUGCCGUCGUGGGGGGCACGGAGAGUUUCGUGCAGCCAGAGGGUUUACCGUGUCCACCGGAGCUGCCAAACUGUGAGCAACAAGUGAUAUAUCGGACCCACUUUAGGCCCAUGUAUAAGAUUGCAUACAAGACUGUAACAGAACUGGAGUGGAGGUGCUGCCCUGGGUACCAGGGUCAUGACUGCCGGGAGAUCAAAGACAUGAAGUUCAUCCAAGUCGAGCGCUUGCCUCAUGCUCCCUCUGCCUCUGGACAUGUUCCAGCCCAACAAGCUCCAGAGCGGCGAACCGAGGCCCCGAGGAACCAUCCCUGGGUAGGGGAGGGGCAGUUUGGAGGUCAGACAGGUCACGGACCACAAGGGGGUCAUGGAGGAUAUCAAAAUGCGCAACACCUGGAGGAGGAGGUGCAGCGACUGUCCCAGAUGGUCCUUGACAUGCAGGCAAGAAUGACUGACAUGUCCUCCAACCUGAGACUGGAUUUCCAGGAGGACGCCAGCAAAAUGCUGGUUACGUUGCUGAAUAAUGUCAGACAGCCUGCCAGUGCGAGAGGCGCAGAGACCCAAACUAUUGAGGUGCAGGAUUUCUCUUUCGCGGGCGAUACAACAGUGAUGGAUGAGGUCAUGAACAAGAUCAGCCAGGUCUCGGACGAUCUAGAGUCCAAGAGCAAUACCCUGGAUGACCUGCUGGGGCGUGUGAACCGUCAUGACGGACAAAUUCAUCUGUUAAUGGAGGCUGCUCAGAACCAGCUGUCCACACCUCCUCCAGCUCCCCCAGCCCAUGAUGUAGACCUGCGUGCCUAUCUGGACGAGAAGAUCCGCGCUCUGAGAGAAGAGUUAAUGGAGGGUAUGGAUAUCAAAAUGGCAGACUUGAAGAACUCAUGCGACUAUAAGAUCGUGUCAGUUCGGGAGCAGUGUGAGGGUCAAGAAGCAAACUACCUCAGCCUGGCUGAGCUCAUGGACUCAAAGGAAACUGACCUCCGCAACGAGAUCCAGGACCUUAAGACCAAGAUGGCUGAUCCAGGAAAGGAAGACACCCGGAUAUCUGACUCUGUUCUGGCUCGAGUGGAGAACCUUGAGAUACUUUGUAACUCAUCGGAGAAGACUGUAGCAGCCCAGUGCCUCUCUGUGGAGGAAAAGCUGAAGGUCGAACAAGCAGAGGCCAUCAAAGAUCUGAGCGAGACUCUCGAGGACAAGCUGGCCUCCAUGGAAGACAGACUCACCACCAUGUUGGUAGAUACAAGCAUCAACUCCCCAUCUGGUGGUCUGCAGAGUGACAUAAACUCUUUAAAGGGCUCUGUUCAAACUCUCGAGGGUCGAUUCGAUGUCUUGGACCAGAUGUGCACAAAGGAGUGCAGUGCUAAUUUUAGUGUUAUAGAAAACAUUCAACAAGACUUUCAGGACUGCAGAAGAGCUGUAGAUGCUGUGGAGACGAGUCUAAAAGCCCAAAUAAAUGGUCUUGGAGCCGUAGAGGGGAAACUCCUGAACUCCAGCACUAGCAUUACGAACGUACAUGAUGAGUUGAGCUAUCUGAAAGGACGUAUGGGCAGGUUGGAAGACUCGCUGAUAGAUGUGGUCCACCAGCAGUCUCAGUCCUUGCAGAGUCUCAACUCUACUUGGGGUCAAGUUAAAACAGGGGCUGAGCAGGAGGCCAAGGAACUUUUGGAGCUCCACAGGACUCAGCAUCAUGAGCUGAGAAGCCGGCUGGAUGAGCUGGGCAGGGAGGUGAAAGCCGAGGCCGACCGCUGCAGGGUGCAAGCGGAAGACGUCGAGCAGGAGAUCGCCCACAUGGACAGCCGCAUUGUUAGUGUGGAGAGUUUAUGCGGCAAGCUGGACCCUAUCUCCAGUAGCCUUCAGAGGAUCAAAGAGGGUCUGAAUAAACACGUCACCGGGUUGUGGACUUGUGUGAAUCAGCUGAAUGGUACAGUUAGAGCUCACGCCCGAGAUAUCGGAGGACUGCGGGGGACUUGUCAGAACCUCCAGAACCACAUCUCUAAUGUAGCCGGAGACCUCCAGACGCUAGUGAACAACAAUCAAGGAAAGACAGGUGUUCAGGUUACUGUGGAGGACACGGGACUUCCCCAGGGUUCAAAUAAGAUCAUUACGGUGCCAGUUGUCCCCCUGGAUGCCUCCCUCCCACAGCCACCUGUAAUGGAGACCGGAGAGGCGGGACCCCCCGGCAGAAUGACCUCGUCCAAGUUGCCCAAGGGGACUGACGGCAGCAUGAUGCCCGUUCAGGGUUUUGCUGGAGCUCCAGCUACCCCCCAAGUCAAAUCCACUGACUCACUAAAGCCCAGCACGCCAUUAAUCCUAGAUGUGAACCUGCCGCACAGACCGUCACCACAGAAACCUGCCAAGGCUUCAGGUGAGACGGCGUCGUUCUCAGCUGGCCUGACUCUGCCGUCGUUCCAGGGAGAGAUUGGGAUCAUUCGAUUCAACAAGGUUCUGGUCAACGAUGGAGGACACUACAAUGCUCAUACAGGUAUCUUCACAGCUCCCACAGAAGGCCGCUACCUGGUAACCGCUGUGCUCGCAGCCCAGCGAGGUGAGAGGGUCGAGGCGGUCCUAUCAGUGUCCAGUCGCAGCAUCCAGAAGUUGGACUCCACAGGCUUCCUGUCAGGAGUGACGGCACCGUCGUCUCAUGACCAAUGUAACUGCAGCAGCUCGACCUCGCUGAGCCUGGUCCUGCCUUUGAAGAGAGGAGAUCGAGUGGGACUGGUCCUGACGGCUGGAAAACUCGCCAUCUCAGCCUCCUCUGAGAUCCUGUCAUCUUUCAGCGCCGUGCUUCUUUACCCCAGCCCAUCAAAACGGUAGCCCUGCUCUUUUUUAAAGACACCUUAUAUAAGCCAUGGAGUGUGGUGUACAAUACUGAGGAUACACUAAUACUGUAGUGAUGUUAUUUUAAGACAGUUUACCAGAUGGAGAAAAGCAAGCAAGAUUAUUUCUUUCAUGAGUAUUAAUAUAUAGUGUGUUUACGUUGCAUUUGUUUUAUUUUUUAUUGUUUUUAUUAUGUUUUGUUUCUUACAAAUAUAUAUUUUGCUUUAACAUUUAAUUGUCACUGCAGUAAUAUUUAAGAACAAACAGUCACCCAGUAUUUUACUGAUGUUAAUGAACUGUUUGUGCUAAAAUCUGAAUUCUUUGUUGAUCCAGAAAUCUAUUACAGAUGUUUUUUUUGUAGUACAGUUCCAGUUCACACAGAUUCAUCUUCUUGUUGGUGCUUGAAUUGUCAAGAAUGUGCAAAAUAAGCUUUGAUUGUUAUUUCAAAUACAGUUGUUUUUUAUUAAAGCAUCAUCCAAA